AUGAAGCCAUUUUUUCAUAUUUGCAAGUCGGUCGAAUACAAUAGUGUGGGAGUAAUGGGUCCAUAUCGAAUGGGGGUUCCUCUCCGCGUGGUAUUUGAGUUGCAGAUCUAG